UGGGACCAACACUCACUCCCUCGAACCUAGAGACACAAGGGAGGGGUGGGAGACAGAGUUGAGGAGAGGGGGCCUCCCUCUGUUUUCCCCAGGAGCAUAGUGAAUGGUCCUUUCCUGGGUCCUCUCUUGCUGGGAAAACUGAAAAAUCCAGUUGACCAGAUUCCCCCUCCCAUUUCCCCCCAGAUACUUACGCUAAGGCUUGAGUGGGGUGUGGAAAGCAGGCCUGGUAAGGAGAGGCCACCAGGACUUUCUCUCCUCCAUCCCAGGAGCGUGGUGGCCACUAUGGGGUCUGGGCUGCCCCUCUUCUUCCUCUUGACCCUCCUUGGUAGCUCACAUGGAACAGGUAUGACUUUGCAACUGAAGCUGAAGGAGUCUUUUCUGAGAAAUUCCUCCUAUGAGUCCAGCUUCCUGGAAUUCCUUGAAAAGCUUUGCCUCUUCCUCCAUCUCCCUUCAGGGACCAACGUCACCCUCCACCAUGCAAGAUCCCAACACCAUGUUGUCUGCAACACAUGAGAGCCAUUGAAGCCUGUGUUCUUCUUGGCCUGGGUUUUGGGGCCGGGGGUGCAGGGGGUGGGCCCUGACCCUGCCUUUCAGCAGGUCCCAUCCUGCUGAGUGGCAAUAAAUAAAAUUCAGUAUGCCGAAUUCA